AUGUCUCUGAAUGAUGAUGGCUUUGUUGUUCAUCAUGGCACCAUAGAAACAUCAGGUGUCGGCAACGCAGGUAUCCGAAGUACCGACGUCAACCUCAUUACCACCAAAUCAACCGCAAGUCGAAUCAAGGUCGGAAAUCUAUACACCAUGAAGUGCAAAUUGAUUGCAUCCAAUGAUGCGAAGCCGGAUUACUUACACGUCGAUGAUUCAACCUGUGUCAACCACGGUCCUAUGGCAGAGGUCAGUGAGAAUUUCCUGAACACGACCAUCGACAAAGUGUCAUUCACGACUCGGGGUAUGGUCAUGGCGAUCAAAACAAUGCCACCGACCCUGCCUGGUGCAUCCGAUGGCUGCAUGAUUACGCUACAAUCUACUGAUAUCGAUCCCACAAGUCAAAGGCCUGUCAUGUGGAUGACAAAGCACCAUCUUGAAAGGAUGCCGACAUUGCAAAGCGCGAAGUCUAUGUGGCAGAUUGGUGUGAUUGUCUACGUAUCAGGCGACAUCACAGGAUAUGAUGUGGAGUCCUCCAUGUGGAUCAGCAAGGUAUUCUUCGCAUCCUGCAUGCUGAAUGUGACCAUGAUUAAAUUGGUUCUCACGCAGGUGAAUGUAAUGCAAUCAUGUCGUGGUCGGCUCAGGAACCAUAAGGUUCGAUACGGUUUGAGCCCGAUACCUGAGGAAGGAAUCAAGGACGUGAUUGGCAAGCAGGAAAUUGGGGUUUGCAAUAAGCGCACUUCGCGUCAGGCGUUCACAUCAGUUGUGAGAGUGGGUGGACCACAGGAUGUGUUUCCAGAUGAUGUGUCAUCUCGAAAGAAGCAGAAGGGUUGUGGCGAUGAUACUAUGUAA